AUGGGAACAGGAUUGGGAACAUGCACACGCGACGCCACUGCAAGCUGCUGUUAUGAUUCCGAGGGUGUGCUGCCCGUAGUAGAGCUGGUCGCAGAGGCAAAAUCACCGCAACAGGAUCCCUUCUCCGGCGAUGGGAAAGGGGUGCAGCCGGUGCAUGAAGGUGGGCACGAGCACGCAGAGACAUCAGCAGAUGCAUCAGAGGCAUCUGGCCAUCUGAAGCUUGACCGCGAUCUGCUCCGAGGAAUACCUUUGAAGUCGUCACUGCAUGGCUUUGGCGUGCUCUGGCGGAGGUCACCGAUAGAGCUGCCAGACAACGCUGCUCGUGAAGCCUUGUGGAAGAGGUCUGCCAAGGUGGAAAGAUUGGACAUCUUCUUGAGUCACAUGUGGCAUACCCCAGGAUCGCAAAAGUUUCGGGCACUGCUGCUACAGUCUGGCUGCUACUGCUUUGUCUUGGGCUGGUUCCUGUGCGCCGCAGUUUGCGUGAUCUUGGGAGUUUUUGCAGGCAGUGGGCGCUACCAGCGCGACUUGUCAGCAAGACUUGGCGGACUAUUUGGAUCCAUCCUCGGACUCUUGGCGUCACCCUACCUGCCACAACUCGGCGGAAGCAAGAUGUGCUUUCUCGAUGUGGUAUGUAUUCAUCAAGCUGACCCGGACAAGAUGCAACGUGGCAUCUAUGGCUUAGGAGGCUUCUUGAGCGCCAGCUCAGAGUUGCGAAUUUUAUGGAGCCCGCCGUACCUCUCGAGGCUUUGGUGCAUCUUCGACCUGGCUGCAUUCCGCAAGGCGAAUCCAUCCGGGCGCAUUGUGCUGAAACCUCUCUAUUUGGAGGUUGGCCUGCUUUACUUGAUCCUUGCAAAUUACAUGUUCGCUCUGAUUGAGGAAGGGAGAGUUCGGGUUGCAGGGGACCCAGCCUGGGAUGACUGGUCGGUGAUUGUUGUGCGCGUGGGUACCACGCUUCCCUAUGCCCUGCUGAUACACGGCCUGCGCCGACUUCUGCACGAAAAGCACCGUCUCAUGGAGAAUAUCAGAUGCUUCGAACUAGCAAAGGUGAGUUGCCGCCUCCAAAGCGACAGGGAUUUCAUCUAUACUGGCAUUCGCGAGUGGUAUGGAAGCGAGGAGGCAUUCGAGCAGUAUGUGCGAGGCCCCCUCUACGAUGAGCUUAUCCGUCCAUUUCGGAGAUCAGACUUUCCAGCUGUGUAUUGGCUGAUGGCUAUGACGCCCGUGUUUGCAAGCUACGUGGAUCUAUGGCUGACCAGGAACAGAGUGUCAGUCUUGUCAGGUCUCGAUCAUUUCCAGCAGUUUAUGGAGCUUUUUGUUGCAAACUCUGUGGCGUUCAUGAACCUCAUGGUCUUGACCUUCUUGCUCUGUUAUUGUUUGGCACUUCCUGCCGCAGGAAUGUGCGAUUUCGGAAAGACUCUGCUGGCUUGGCUUCUGCUCAUCAUGGGUUUGGGCGCAGCCGUUCUACAGUCAGAUAUCAUGUCCACCUGGGAAGUGACGGUUGGCAUGUCUGCUGCUCAAGUGGUCGCCUGUGUCUUUCUUCGGUGGGUGGUGCAAAGAUUCGACUGUGUCGGAAGAUGA